UCCGGCGGAGGAGUGUUGUGGUGUCGCUGCGUUCCUGCGGAGGCUUUGACCUCUGACCUGUUUGCAGCAUUCCUCAGCGGCACGUCCUGCAGUAGCGCUGCAGCUGACCGCGCUCCGCCCCGCUCCUCUCCGCUCCGGUUCCCCGCCUGUGUGUACAGCUCGUUCCAGCCGCAACAAGCGCCGCGUCGUCGUAUCGUUUGCACCUCGUAGGAGCGCAUUGUUUCUGCUCUCCUGUUCCCCUCUGACUGAGAACCUCCUCACACAUCGGACGGGGCCUUCGCCAGACAACAGGCAGAAGAAAUGAAGGAUAAACAAAAAAGAAAGAAGGAGCGUACCUGGGCUGAGGCGGCCCGCAUGGUCUUGGAGAACUUCUCCGAUGCACCUAUGACCCCUAAACAAAUUCUGCAUGUCAUCCAGACCAAAGGGCUCAAGGAAAUGAGUAGUGGCACAGCUCCUCUGGCUUGUCUGGUCACCAUGCUGCACUCCCAGGUGAGGGGAGACCGAGUCAAGAACAGCAUCUUCUUUAAACUCCCAGGACGAAUGAGCCUCUUCACUCUCAAGAAAAACGCCGUCCAGUGGACCAAGUCGAACUCUGAAUCUGAAGCAUCAGAACAGGGUGGAAACACGGGCGUGUCUGCCUCCGGGAACGUCCCGUCUGUGGCUGCAUCGGAUACAGUCAUCGCAGACUCCAGUGAAACCGUGGAGCAGGAGAGCUGCGACUCGGAGACCGUUGUGACUACUGUGAUGGACAAUGACGCUUUGGUGGAUGAGAGUUCCUCCAGCGCGUCCUGCUCCACAGAGCUGCAGCCCACCAGCAGCCAGCCUCAGACCCGACUCAGCAGGAUGGCAGGACAGCACGCACGUCUGGACGCUCAGCAAGCCCAACACUCCCAGACCAGACUGAGCCGCUCCCGACAGUCUGGAAGACAAAGGAAGAAAGCCGUCAUGAUGCCCCGCGUUGUCCUGACUCCUUUAAAAGUAAAUGGAGAGCAUGUCUCAUCAGGACCCAUAAAGAGGAACCGCGGAGGCGUGGACGUCGACUUUGAAACACCAGGCUCCAUCCUCGUGAACACCAACAUCAGAGCCCUGAUCAACGUCAGGACUUUCUCCGCCUUCCCCGCGCACUCCCAGCAGCAGCUGCUUCAGCUUCUGCCUGAAGUUGAUCGACAGGUCGGGCCUGACGGCACAGCCAGACUGAGUAGUUCAGCUCUAAAUAAUGAAUUCUUCACUCACGCCUCUCAAAGCUGGAAAGAGAGAUUAGCUGAAGGUGAAUUUACCCACGAGAUGCAAGUCCGCUUACGACAGGAAAUGGAGAAAGAAAAGAAGGUCGAGGCUUGGAAAGAGAAGUUUUUUGAGGAGUACCACGGACAGAAGUCUGGUCUAACUCCAGAGGAAUCCCUGAAGCUCACCGUGAGUGAAGCUAAUGAAGUGGCUGGUUCUGUACUGGAGAGCGACGUUUCCUUGGUGGCGACCGGUCCUAAGAGACGAAGCGUGGGCAGAAGAAGAAGAGACGGCAGGAUGAGGAGACGUACCCGCGUCGACCUCCGCCGCAGAGCUCGCCGGACGCUCUGCAAGGUCUCUCCAGCUUUGCAGUCUGCAGACGCGGCCGAGUCCAGCGCUGCACUGGACAUCACAGCGGUCUCCAUUGACUCGCCUGUGGGCAGCAACACAGUGGUGCAGGCGGAGGUGGUGCUCCAGGCCGACUGUGCCAUCGAGCUCCCAGCUGAGGAGGCCUCCGAGGAGCAGAAGCCCUUCACACCUGAAGCCGUCGUGGAGGCUGCUCCGACUCCGGCUCCCAGCCGCAGCUCCAGUCCGACCUCCACCAGCGCCAACGAGGAACCGGAAGUUGCAGCUUUCCUUCUCCCCAAAGAAAUCCCACCUGUACUGGCCUCCACCUCCUCGCCGUCGUCAUCCUCCUCCUCAUCGUCUGCUUCAUCACCUGCGUCUUCAACCUCAUCACCCGACAGGCAGGGAGCGUUUGCAUCGGGUCUGGACUCGUCCUCCUCCUCUUCCUCAUCGUCCUCCAGUGCAACCCUUCCGGCUGAUCCCCUGGACGAUGCAGCCUCCGUGGUCACUUCCAUCACCGGAGGCACUGCGACCAGCAGCCGCGAGAGCAGCCCGUCCGCCAGCCCGGCCACCGCCGACGUGCUCGGUGGCGAGCAGAAGAGGAGGCAAAACGAGCCUGAAGCUCUGCCCAGCUUUCCAGAGAAGAGGCCACGACUCGACAGCCGUCAGUCCUUUCGUACCACAAUUGACGGUGUCUGUUCAGAGAAGCCACAGCCAACAACCGAAGAACCGAAGGUGCCACCCAUCCGGAUUCAACUAUCAAGGAUCAAACCUCCAUGGGUCAAAGGGCAUCCCACAUACCAGAUCUGCCCGCGGAUCGUGCCCUCCGGCGAGGGCUCGCGGCGCUCUGGGACUGGGGGGGCACGAACUCUGGCAGACAUCAAAGCCCGAGCCCAGCAAGCCCGAGCCCAGAGGGAGGCCGCUGCUGCUGUUGCGGCCUCUGGCGAGAGGACAGGGCCGGCCGGUGUCGGGCUGCGGCCUGCUGCUGGGCUACCGGAUAGCAACAGUGAACGACGAAGACGAGAGCACCCCGGACCCACCGAGCCUGGGGGAGGGGGGCAGGAAGGAGGCGGAGACGAGAGGAAGAAGGCCGGCGAAACGGAGGAGCAGGAAUCGUCUUCAGACGCUAAUUCGUCUGGAACACAAUUACAGCUUCAGUAUGUAGACGCUCACUGUUCCCCGUCGUUAUCCAACACGUCCACCUCCAUGUCCGCGGAGUCCCCACAGGCCCCCAGUCCUCAGCAGGACGGGACAGUCAGGCCUCUGAAAGUUGAAGAAGUCGAAGAGACAUCAGCAGCUCCGCCCUGUAGGUUCACGGACCGGCCCAAAGAUCUCUCCCCAGAUCCCAACGUUACAUCCAAGUCAUCGGCCUCCCAAUCUGUAAAGACAAACCAUCUCCCAGAGUCUGCCAGAGUCUCAGAGAUGGCAGGAAAAGGUUGUGUGAAAACCAUCCUGACCCAAACAUCCAUCCCAGAUUCCAUCCCCAGGUUUGGGACUCAGGGUGUGGACAUUUUACAGACCAUUUCCACUUCCUCUCAGAACAAAGAGCAGGACAGACAAAAGAAGGACGGACCCUGUGUCAACGUCCAGUAUAGCUCACACCACGAGGAGGAGCAGGAAGUCCCGUCUCGUCCUCUGGUGAAGCAGCCAGAGCUUUCUCCUCCUCAGUGUGACGUGAGUCUCAGCAUCAGCAGAAAGAAAGAAGACGAUGUAAAUACACACAGCGACUCCACAGAAACGGCCUCCGACUGUGAGAAUGAAGGGCAGCAGGACCCGGACCAGGACUGGCGCUACCCUCUGAGUACUCCGACCCAGCAGCUCAUCCUCCAACCCAACAUGCUGGGUCACCCAGGUCAGACCGUCAUCCAGCCUUGCUUUUCAAACGGUCUACCUGAGCUUCAGCACAACCUCCCCGACUCCCAGGACCACCACUCUGUCAUCACGGCGCCGAUGAGUCUCCGAGAAAAGAAUUCUGUGGUCAAACUGAAGCUCAAAGAGGACCGCAAAGCCUCCAGAGCCAGUUCUGUUGAGUCUCCGGUCAUUCAUUUAAACGCUGCUCCCAAAAGACCGGCCGGUCCGGCCAGGUCGGUUUCAAGCGUGGAGGCCAACAACCCUCUGGUGACUCAGCUGCUGCAGGGCAGUCUCCCCCUGGAGAAGGUCCUCCCCUCACACUCCGCCAACAACAGGCUGGAGAUCAGCCGACUGCCAGGAACUCAGUCCAGGACUCUUAAUCUCAAGAACCCAGGAGCUCGGGGCAAAACUGAGGCCCCAAGUCCAGAAGACCCGGCGGCUCCUCAGGUUCUUAACCUGUCGUCCGGAGAGCAGCCCGGCUCUGGUCAGGCCCCAGACUACCACACUCCCAGUGCUGUCCCCGUCAUCACUUCUGCCCCGCCCUCUUUUUCCUCUCCUGGAUUGUCUUCCAAAGCCAAACCAGAUGUCACUGCGGCGGAGCCUCCAGUCAACAAGUCUCACGGCUCCUACUUGCCACAGGAGGGUGCUGCCAACCAGUGCCAGGACACCCACAGGAGUACUCUGCCCUCCCCUCCCCAUGUCGACCCCUGCCCCCUGGAGGGGGUGGCAAUCAUCAAGGUCAACCUGCGGCCUCCGCACCCUCAGCAGGUAUCUCCCGCUUCCCCUCCCAAACACGAAGCCGGCGCCCGGCCGUCCUGCCAGGCCUUGGCCAAGGCUACGUCCGCUUUAACCCACGGCGUCCUCAAAAAGGAACCAGGGAAUUCCAUCGACGGGUACCUGUGUGGAGGCGCCAUGGAGGGACUUCUGAACAUGGAGCUGACCCUGGCGAGGAUAGCCAAGAAAGAGCACGGAAAAGCCUCGUACUCCUCCAGCUCCCCCUCCCCCCUGUCCUCGUCCCCCUCGCCGUCGUCCUCCGCCUCCUCCCUGCCCUUCCCGUUGUACGGAAAGCUUCCCAAACAGAGCGGCUGUGUGGGAGCCGUCAGCUACACGGCCAACCUGUCAAUGAUGGACAACAGCGGCUUCACCCGGGGCGUGACUGAAAGCGUGCUCCAGCUGCGCCCUCGGCUGGCGCCGGGCCACGCCACGCUCAGCAUCCAGGCCUUCGCGGACAGUGCGACGGACGAGGUGGCGCUGAAGUGCUCCUGCCGCCUCAAAGCCAUGAUCAUGUGCCAAGGCUGCGGCGCUUUCUGCCACGAUGAUUGCAUCGGACCCUCCAAACUGUGCGUGUCGUGCCUUGUUGUCAGAUAGUGGAUUUGCUGUUGGAGGGGGGCGGGGCCUGUAAAUCUGGUCUGUUUCUUUGGUUGUUGCUGAUUAUCAGAUUUUUAAGCUGUAUUGUUUGUUGUUAUUAUUAUUGUGAACUUGGAGCAUGAUUAAUUGUACAUUUUGCCAUUUACCUCAUGUUGUCUUGCUCCGCUUGUUAUCAGUGGUAGGUCACCAUUUUUUUUUUUUUUUGGACUUCUUGUUUGCGCUGCAAACUAGGAAGUAUUGUCUCUUUGCAGAGUUAUUUUUUUAACCAUUGAAAGGAAUAAAAACAUUGCUUCGUUAUUU